AUGGUAACAGUCAGUAUUGGUGAAGUACUAAUCUCUGGUGUUCAUGCUCAUGUUAAAAAAAUUCAUAGGAAGUUUCUCUGGUCUGAGAUGGAAAUUAUUAGUCAGAUACAAAAACCAUGGGUUGUUGUAGGUGAUUUCAAUGCUAUAAUUUCACCUGAAGAAAAAUUUGGUGGUAAAGCUCCUAACAGAAGUUCAAUGAUGGAUUUUCUUAAUUGCCUGAAUGAAUGCAACUUAAUUCAAGCUCCUAGCACAGGACAGCAAUACACCUGGUCCAAUUGUCAACAAGGUACAAAAAGAAUCCUAUGUGUCUUAGAUAGAGCUGUUUUCAAUUCUUUGUGGUUACAAAAAUAUGGUGAUUGGGGAUAUAAGAAGCUAAAGAAUUUAAAAAAGGUUCUAAGUGAGUGGAAUUGGAGUAUUUUUGGUAACAUUAAUACAAAAAUUAAAGAGGCAGAAGUGAAGGUUCAAAAAGCAAUGGAGCUAUCUGAUCAAAAUCCCUUAAAUGAAGAUCUCUUAGCCAACUUAGUAGCAGCUCAAAAUGAAUAUGCAACAAGAGAAGUUCAAGCAAAUACUCUUAUGAGACUUAAAUCCAGAGCAAAAUGGAUUAAAGAUGGUUCUGCAAACACUGCAUACUUCAUGCUAGAAUGA